UCGGUCAAUGGAAGAUUCAUGUAUAUAAGCUUAUAUUUUUCAAUCCUUACAAAUAUUUUUAAUACAAAAUGCCAAAUAUUUUUCUUAUAUCAAUUGCAGUACGUAUUUCUAAACGAAAUUCUGGAAUUACUAAACAUGAAUAAUGAAUAACUAUUAAGAUUCAGUAGAAUAAUUCUAAAGUAAUGUCUCCCCCCCCUUGUUUAGGGGUUGGUAGGCUCCAAUACAUACGGUUAGGGGAUGAUUAUCGAUGUUCAAUAAAACGAACCAUAAGUACCAAGAAAGCAAAGAAAAAUGGGCUUAUUCGACCGUUUAACGGGUCUCUUAGGUCUCAAGAAAAAAGAAGUAAACGUUUUAGUAAUCGGCCUUAAUAACAGCGGUAAGUCAACGGUCAUAAAUCAUUUCAAGCGUGAGGACGACCGUUGUAUAGACAUAGUGCCAACCGUCGGCUUUAAUGUCGAGAAAUUCGCAUUCAAAAAUGUCGGUUUUACGGCAUUUGACAUGUCUGGUCAUGAUCGCUAUAGAUCACUCUGGGAACAUUAUUAUAAAGAUUGCCAAGGAAUUAUCUUCAUAAUCGAUAGUAGCGACAAAUUAAGAUUAGUUGUCGCCAAAGAGGAAUUGGAUAUGCUACUUCAACAUCCCGACGUUGCCGGUCGAAAGAUACCUAUACUUUUCCUGGCUAACAAAAUGGAUUUGCCAGAUUCUCUUACAACAGUUAAACUCGCAUCAGGACUUGGACUCGAUCGUAUACAAAAUAAACCUUGGCAUAUUCGUGCGACAAAUGCAGUAACUGGCGAAGGAUUGCAACCAGCUAUCGAAUGGCUUACGGAUCAAAUAAGAGAUAUUUAUAUUAACAAAAGAUAACGUCGUUUUAAUAAGGAACUAAAUAAUUAACAUCUGAAAUCAUACAACCGUCCAUAAGUUUAUCGUAGAGUGUAAUCGACAAUUAAUAGUUACACGUAAAUGAAGAAUUUACUGAAAAUGUCAAGUUCAACAAAUAAAUUGAUAUUCAUUCUAGA